AACAGAUACAUUGUCGUUUUUCAAGAUUCCCAAGUGUUAUUUUUUCAUUGUCUGAUUUGUCUUUGGCAUAUAAAGCUGUCUUUGGCAUUCUCUAACUAGAUAUCUGAUAUUCAGAUACCAUAGCAGUUAUGCAAGAAUCUACAUUUACACACAGUCAUGGUCAUUUAUGAUUUGUGUAACUCAGUGCACCGAAUUCCUUGCUGUAGUUUUCCUUUUACAACAAAUCAGUGCUAUAGGAGACCUCAUAUAUCUCUAUCCAUCAUAUGUGGUUAAUUUAUGAAGUCUCACACAAAAAAAAAAUCUUUCCCUCCUUGUUAAGUAGUAUGAGAUUUUCUUUAAGGAUUGACCACGGAUUGACCAUGGAUUUUGGAAACCUAAACCCUAAAAGUUAUUUAGAGAGGCUUCUUGAUUAAGACUAAAUUGGGAGCCCCCAAUUUUGAAAACCACAUCAAUGUAGGAACCAAGGAAACCCUAAAACGGAAACAAGGAUGAUGCAAAAUCUUAUCAAACGAGACUAUGAUAGCUUCAACUGUAGCUAUUUGUUGUUCUUCUUUGGCGAGCACCUCUGAUGAUGGCCUCCAGUUCGUGUUUGGGGUUGAGGGUAGAGUUUGGGGAAUAGGGCCAGGGAUGGGAUGACUAUUGAAUGGACAACGGUGGUGGUGGGUAGACUGAAUGACAUGGUGGCAUCAGUCAGGGGUGGUUGUGGAUGCUAGAUAGGUGUGUCGGAUGUUUAAUUUGUUGUUGAUCAUAAUAUUGUAGCAAAUGUAUGAAGAAACUGGUACUAUCUCUGUAACUUCUUUUCUUAAGUUUAAUGAAUGGAUUCCUGCUUGUGCUUACGUUCUUGUUGUGUUACCAUUACUAUUUCACAUUUCAAUGUGAAGACAGAAUUCUUAUAUCUGGAACUGUGAUUAUGUGCUAUGAAUAUAUGAUGCCAGUUACCUUUCUUUUUGAUUUACUAGUCAGAUAUGAGAUUGUGUCACUUCAGCCUAGACAUUGGGGAGGUACACAAUUCAUUAUCUUGAGUAUUUUUUUUUAUUAAGGCUAUCUUGAGUGAUUCUGUGUUUGUUGCCAACAUAUGUUUUCUAUAAGAUAAGGUUCCAGAAGUAGCCUGGUGAAAAGUUUGAGCUAUAUGAUUGAUAUAUCUUAGAUGAAGUGCAGUGCUGAUAACAAUGCACUAACGUAUUUGCUGUGGCCGUCCUGAUAUACCUAGAGUGAAAACUGUAAACUACAGAAGUAACUCAGCAACAAGAUUUCAAUGUUGUCAGCAAAAGUUUUAUGGUUUACAGAUCUUAGUGGUUAUACAUCUCCAUUUUCUGUUGUUACAGAAAUAUAAAAAAAGUGGUUUCUACUUCAAAAGAACCAUAGCAUAGAGGAUAUCCAUUAAUUGGAUGGGUCACGAUUCUGAGAACCACCCUUUUGGUCUGUAUCUGUUGUGCACAGUACUUGGGGACCCUGUUUACUUAUCCGGUUAGCCCUAUUUCUUAGAUCUAAACUUCACAUGGUUUCUUUUUCUUUCAUUAUCAUCAGGGUUGGUCCUUGCUGAAUGACAAAAUAGGAUUGCACUAUACUGAUUAUGAGUACAUCCUAAUUAUUAUUCUCGGUAAUCAGUAUACUUUGUAGUCACUUGGUAACACCUUGGAAACCUGCAAUUUGCAGUUGGAAAAAGUUUUCCAUUUUUUAUUCAAUAAAACGCUGCAUUGUCAUUAAUUUUACACAUGGAUGCAUCAUGGCAGCUUGUCACAUUUUAUUGGUCUUACCAAGUGAUUGUAUCAAACUAUGUUUGCAUUCAUGUAGUGCAACUAAGUCAUAUGCUGUUUUCAGCUUAACAGAAAAAAGAAUGCAGUCGCAUCUUCUAUUUGACGCCAUAUCACCACCUGGUAAUGCAAGAAUCAUAAUUCAGAUAACUCAGAGACAUACAAUUUUGUCCACAAAUGCAUGGCUAAAAUUCAGUACUUCAUACAUUUGUCAAAGAUAAAAUAAAACUUCUAUACUGUUACAUGAAUCCCUUCUAUUUGCAUAAGUUGAAGUUAUAAUAUUUCACUAGUAUCUCCAAUAUUACUGCUAUAGUUUACAAGAAAAGGAUAAAGAUCAUCAGUGGCGAUGUCAUAUGAAGUUACGUUCAGACAAGGUACCUAUAUUACCAAGUAAAGUAAGGGCAAAACAACAUCUUAUCUGCUUUGUCCUUUCACCAACAGAACAGAAAAAAAAAAUGCAGUUUAGCAAUUUUUUCCCAUCCUAUAAGUGGAUCUGAAAUGUUCAGAGACCAUUGUACCUACUCCUUAUGCAAGAAUGGAAAAUCUGCAUCUGACUUGUUUAUCUCGUACACCUGUGUUGAAUUUCAUGAAUCAGAGUUGAGAAGUUUAUCCAUAUUAUCAUAGUAUUCAUUGCUGCUACUUCCCUUUCAAAAAUCAUUGCUAUUUGGGACUUCAUAUAUAUCUUUCCUAUCAUCUGAUUAAUUUUAUGCUGCCUCACGAUGAAAAAGCUGUUGCUGUGAACUCUUUUCAAGUGUGAGCUUUAUGCCCGAUCAUUUCAUUUCAAAUAAAAGCUUGUCCAUCUACGUGCACAACUCCACCUUGUUUUCUCAAGUAUUUUUCAGAUGGGCUACCGGCUAGAAAAUGCUUCAAACUUCCUGAUUAAGCAUUUUCUCUCUUCGAAACAAAAGAAGUAGAUUAGAUUUCUUAAAGGGAGAAUAUAAAUAAAAAAACUUUUUUUCUGUACAAGGUUUACACAUGGGCCAAAAGCCCAAACCUAAGGCAGCACGCCUGGUCUGCUUGAGCCUUUGAACGUCCAUGUUUCGGCCUCGAGUGGGCCCAGCUCCUUCUCCUUUUACCAGCGCAGCGCCUCUUCUUCUGUCUGGCUUCUGCGCGGGGGGAGAGAGGAAGGGCUGGGUUUUCCUCCCCAAAUUGGAGAACGGGCAGGAAAUGGCCAUCGACUCCGGCGGCGGCGGAGCGAAGCGGCAAAGGGUGGAUGAGCAAGGGGAUCGAUGCGAAAUGGUGGGCUCGGACGCGGUCCCGAUGGACCGCAUCUCUGCGCUACCGGACGAGCUGCGGCAGCGCAUCCUGACGCACCUCCCGCUCAAGGACGCCAUCCGCACGGGGGCGCUCGCGCACGGGUGGCGCGACCUGUGGAAGGGCCGGUGGGCGCACCGCGCCUCCCUCGAGGUGCACCUCCGCUCCCGCGACGACCCGCGGAGGGAGCUGGACGCGUUGGAGCACGAACCGCGCCCGCGCCGACGGCUCGACCGCUUCUCCCUCAUCGUCGACAUCUGCAAACUCAAGUCCUCGGAGCUCCGGCGCUUCCUCGACUACGCCUCGGAGUGCGGCGUCGAGGACCUCCACGUGGAGACGCGCAAGAUCACGGCCGCGGACAAGCUCAGCUUCCACCUGCCGCUGUCGAGCCCGUCCCUCGCGUGCCUCUCGCUCCGCCGCAUCAGCGUCUCCAGUAUGUACUACAAGGGCGCCCGGUCGUUCCAGGCUCUCCAGGUCAUCCGGCUCCACUCAGUUAACAUUACCCAGGCGGCGUUCAGAAAAAUGAUGGAGCUGUGCCCCAGCCUCCUCACACUCGACCUGCGCGACUGUGACUGUGACGACUGCUUUUGGAACUACGACAGAUGCUUGGUCAUGCCUCAGAACCUGAGGAGUGUUAGCGUCACGGAGUGUGAUGGAUUCACCCUUCUGAACAUGGUGCCUCUGCCCAACCUUCGAUCCUUCCACUACAGUGGACACUUCGUCGAGGCCCCCUUCAACCUUCCAGGCGACGCCGUUCUUGCUGAUCUUUAUAUUCUGUUUGCUGAUUCAGUAUCAAUAAAGUACGAUGCCAAAAGGUUGAAUAGUUCUCUCCCGAAGGAUUUAUCUGGCCUCAACGUUCUCACCAUCUGUUCCAAUGUUCUCCCGGUUGCAUCUUUCUUGACAGAUGAUGGAAAAAGUGCUCAUUUGCCCAAUCUCAACUUAAACAGUUUGAGAGAGCUACAGUUACUCAUGUUAAAAAUGGACGCUGUCAACCUAGCUGACCUUUAUGUGUUCCUCAAGACCUGCCAAUGUCCUAAUCUGGAGAGGCUCUUUGUGCAGCUCAUCUUUGUAGCUCCCGAAAUCUAGUUAUGGACCCAUGGAAUGUUCAACUGAUGAGGUGAGGGAAGAACCACCAGAGAAUGGCUUAGACAACCUUGUGAUUGUGAAGGUCAUGAACUUCAAUUGGCACCGCACUGAGGUUGAGCUAGUGAGUUUUCUAUU